UGCACUGGAGGGGCUUGUGUCUUGGGGAUUCCUGUUGGAUUUUAGAUGUGAAGGCUCCUAUCUUCCUGUGCUGUGUUUAGCGCAAGUCAAAUUGAAGCUACCCUGAACAAUUUUGGAGACCAUUCUUUAGUGCAUGCUUUGUAAAGAUAAUACAUUUGAUGCCUACUAUGUCGACUGGCAAAGGGACUAUCAGUACAGCUGGAGACCAAGAGAUAUGUACAAGUUGCCAGGACCGUUGUUGGAACGCACUGAACCCAGACUUGAGGGAUGAGAAGCCAUCCACCUGUGAAAAUGAAAAGAUCCAGCAAUCUGCAAAGGACAGGCCAGAGAUGGACUUUAAUUUUGACGCAGUUCCGUUGGCCCCAGCUCAUUCCCUUUGGACAAGUUUAGCUGAAGGUGCAGUGCAACUCCGAAUUGAUGAAACAUGUCCACAGACUCCUCUGACUGUCCCUCAGAUGUUUGAGGCCACCAUAGAACGUUACGGUCACCUCCCGGCACUGGCCACUAAAAGGAAUGGGGAGUGGGAGAAGAUAACCUUCUGGCAGUACUACCAGCUGUGCCGACAAGCCGCUAAGAGUUUUCUGAAGCUCGGAUUGCAGAGGUUCCACAGCGUCGGGAUUCUGGGAUUUAAUUCACUUGAGUGGUUUGUGUCAGCCAUUGGAGCCAUCUUUGCUGGGGGUAUUAGCACCGGUAUCUAUCCAACCAAUUCGCCUGAAGCCUGCCAUUUUGUAGCAGAAGACAGCAGGGCCAAUGUCAUUGUAGUUGAAAGCCAGAAACAACUGGAAAAAAUUCUGCAGGUCUGGGACAGACUGACACACUUGAAGGCCGUUGUACAAUACAACGAACCUCUGCAGGAAAAGCGACCAGGCCUGUACUCAUGGGAUGAGUUCAUGGAACUAGGAGCAGGGAAUCUGGAGAAUGAGUUGGACAAUAUAAUUAGCAGCCAGCGGCCAAACCAGUGCUGUGUCCUUAUCUACACGUCGGGAACGACAGGGAAGCCUAAGGGAGUGAUGCUCAGCCAUGACAAUAUCACUUGGACCGCUCAACAUGCCAGCAGAGCCGGUGACAUGCAGCCCGCUGAGCUGCGCCAGGAAGUCAUAGUUAGCUACUUACCACUCAGCCACAUAGCGGCACAGAUCUACGAUCUAUGGACUGGCAUUCAGUGGGGAGAACUUGUCUACUUUGCCCAACCUGAUGCUUUGAAGGGAAGCCUGGUAGGCACAAUGAAGGAGGCGAGUCCGACUUCACACAUGGGUGUCCCACGUGUAUGGGAGAAACUUAUGGAGAAAAUAAAGGAAGCAUCGGGACAGGCUGGGUUUCUUAAGAGGAAGAUAUUCAACUGGGCGACAUCUACCAGUCUGGAGAGCAACCUGAGCAGGAGUGGCAAGACAGAAGCAAAGCCCCUCCUGCACGCUAUUGCAGAUAAGCUGAUUCUUGAAAAGGUGCGCAACAGCCUAGGCUUCUCUCGCUGCCACAAGUACUUCUCAGGAGCGGCUCCCAUGACUUCGGACACCCUCGAAUUCUUCCUAGGAUUGAACAUCACGCUGUAUGAGGCUUAUGGCAUGAGCGAAAGCACUGGGCCUCACUUCAUGUCGGGCCCGAAGGUCUACAAGUUACACAGUUGUGGAAGAGUUGUUCCAGGCUGCAAAUUCAAAAUUGCAAACAAGGAUGAAGAUGGGAAUGGUGAAGUGUGUCUCUGGGGCAGAAAUGUCUUCAUGGGGUAUUUAAACCUGGAAGAGAAGACACUAGAGGCCCUCGAUGAAGAUGGGUGGCUGCACUCAGGAGAUUUAGGGAGAGCUGAUGAAGAUGGCUUCCUCUCCAUCACUGGCCGAAUUAAAGAACUGAUCAUCACUGCAGGUGGUGAGAACGUUGCCCCAGUGCCAAUUGAAGAUGCUGUGAAAAAGGAGCUUCCUCUACUUAGCAAUGUCAUGCUGAUUGGGGACAAGAAAAAAUUCCUAUCAAUGCUUCUGACAUUAAAGUGUGUUUAUGACAUGGACACUAUGGAGCCCACUGAUGACCUAAACCUUGAAGCACUGGAGUUCUGUCAUCAGGUUGGCAGCCAAGCCACCAAAGUCUCUGAAAUAAUUAGAGACAAGGACCCAAAGGUACAAGAAGCAAUCCAGGCUGGCAUAGAUCGAGUAAAUCUGAAGGCCACCUCCAAUGCACAGCGUAUCCAAAAAUGGAUCAUCUUGGAGAGAGACUUCUCCAUUGCUGGAGGUGAAUUAGGACCCACUAUGAAACUCAAGAGGCCAGCAGUGCUUCACCUCUACAAAAACGUAAUCAACAGUUUCUACCCCAGGUAGUGCAUAUGCAGGGGAAAAAAACCUGAACCAAUGUCCACCCCAAGCUCACUUGCACAUUUUACAAUGUCCACUUAAUGAUUCUCAUGUGAUGUGUUGCACUAAAACAGUUUAGAAUGAAUACUGGCUGUAGCUAAUGAAAUAAACCAAAGUUAGAGA